AAAUAUGAUGAAAUGAUACCAGGAAGCCCAGACGAGGAACUUUCUCCUGAAAGUAAGAAGUUCUGUCACAAUUUAUCUCAGGGACUAGGACUCAGAGUUUCAAAUUGGAUAGAUUAGACAAUUUUAUAUAGUAAAUUUAUUGAUCUGUAGCGUAUAAAUAACACAUACAAAAUCUACUUUUAAUUUCUGUAAAUGAUCACCAUGUCUAUCAGAUGUAAUUGCAAAAAAUCAGACUUGCAACAAGUCUGACUGCAAAAGCAUAACAGAAAAAACGAAAAAAAAUAGAAAGAGAGGCAUUAAAAAAGAAGGGCAUAGGACAUCUAAUUCUUUUGGCCUGAUAAAAAACAUAUAUUAAAUUCCACUGUAGAAGCUUAUAUCCAAGCUCGGUGUAGUAUGCAGCCCAGAACAAAUAAUGGAAUGUUAUUUUUCACUAUAUUAUCUACAUAAUUCCACAUUGCUUAUGCUCAAUACCAAAUGCAAGAACUUGAUUAAGAGUGCACAUUGUUUUAGGAUCUUCAAGUCUUCGAAUGACCAGUUCUGGAAAAGAACAAGAUGGUGAUGGUAGUGGACACCCAUGGCCUAACCAUAGAAAAUCUACCUCAUCAAGCGAGCCCUUGUUGACAACUAGAACGUCAAGUGUGGGGAAUACUGAAACCUUAACUUCUUGUCUUCCCUGCCAUUAUCAAGAGGAAGAAAGCACGACAAAUACUGAAAGGGGAAAAGCAGGAGAGCAUUCCCCAUUUCCAAUUGCUGAGAGUCAAGCAAGGGUUCAAAAGGAAACAGAUAAUGCUGGGAGCCCAGAUGAAUAUAAACAGCAUAGCUACAAGGAUGAUUGGAUAGGAGAAUGUCAAACAGAUGAAGAAUUUAAAAACUCAAUUUGCACAGUUUGCAAGAACAAACGGCCAACAAUUGGAUGGAAGAGAGAUUUUACUUAUGCAGAGCUCCUAGCUGCUACAGACGGGUUUUCCGUAAGGAACUUCUUGUCUGAAGGUGGAUUUGGUUCCGUCUACAAAGGAGAUCUGAAUGGACUGAAGAUUGCUGUUAAGCAACAUAAAAAUGCAAGCUGCCAAGGAGAGAAGGAAUUUGAGUCUGAAGUACACGUACUCAGCAAGGCAAGACAUGAGAAUUUGGUGAUGCUGUUAGGGUCAUGUUCGGAAGGAAACCAGAGGCUCCUUGUUUACGAAUACGUUUGCUAUGGUUCAUUGGAUAAACAUCUAUCAAAAGACAGCAGACCUCUUAGUUGGGAUAAGAAGAUAAAAAUUGCUACUGGAGCUGCAAGAGGCUUACAAUACCUGCAUGCAAACAACAUCAUCCACAGAGACGUGAGGCCAAACAACAUCCUCGUGACACAUGAUUAUGAAUCCCUGUUAGGAGAUUUUGGUCUUGCAAGAAGUCAACAUGAAGACUCAGAUCGGACAUCAGAUACAACAAGAGUUGUCGGAACUCUGGGAUAUUUGGCACCAGAAUAUGCAGAAAAUGGGAAAGUGUCAAGAAAGACAGAUGUUUAUGCUUUUGGGGUCAUUCUAUUACAGCUUAUCACAGGAAUGAGGCCUACUGACAAGAAGCUUGGAGGAAAAAGUCUAGUGGGAUGGGCAAGACCACUAUUAAAAGAAAGGAACUACCCAGAUUUAAUCGACCCCAGGAAUGUGGAUUGCCACGAUGUUCACCAACUCUAUUGGAUGGUUCGGGUAGCCGAAAAAUGCCUCAGCAGGGAUCCCCAUAAGAGAUUAGCUAUGGAUGCUGUAUGUCCACCUGACUAAGUAGACUCUGGUUAAUAUCUGUGUAUGU